GGAUGUUGACCCAGCGCUGUUGGGAGCUCGAGGCCAUCUGAACAGACCACCAUGCAUGGAGCAGGCCACUGCGCAACCUGUGGCUUCCCCGACCAGGGAGAAGGUCCCUAUGGCCACCCCCCGCCGAGCAGUGCAGCAGAAGAGGGGGUCAGAGCUCCAUCCCCUACUCAUGUGGAGGAGCCGUCCGGCGAGGCGAGGACACCGCCCGAUGCUCCUGAUCGGGGGAAGGGACCGAUGGCUCUUCGACCAUGGUGGGGAGGAGCGCACAAGGCGAGGAGGCCCAGGCUGGCUCCAAGGAUGAAGUGGAGGAGAUCCAGGAGCAUUCCCGCGAUGGUCACCAACAUAUUUAUGUCUAGCAUCAGCGCAGGGACCACUAGGCCGACCAUGAAGAGAUCGCGGAGGUCGAGGAGGCGGAGAGAGUAGAACGAGCCGCCAAGCGACUUGUUAGUGAAGUUAAGGUAAGUGCUCUCCUAACUUGAAAAUAGAAGGUGCCAUCAUAACCUUGUAAUAUGUGUGUGUGCUAAAAAUCCGUAGGAUGUGAUGAAGACAACGAAAUAUCGUAGAAGAUGUUUCGACCAGAUUGAAGGAAUCGUGACUGAGAAUAAGGCCUUGACCGAAGAAGUGGACCGCUUUCGGCUGGAGGCCGAGAAGGUUGCUAUGGAGAGAGCUGCUCAAGAAGAGCGGAUGGUCGACUUGUCUCGGCGACUAGCCGACAAGGACACAGAACAUAGGAGUUUGGAGGAAGAGCUAGAGCACGUCCAGAUCUUGGAGAGUGAGAGGAAGGUUGGGGAAGAGCUGAGAACAAAGAACCGAGAGUUGGCUGGUAAGACCAGACUUGUCGGGUGGAUCAAAAACUCUUUUAUCUCGGGGCCGAUUACUAACUUCCUUUUUGUCCUUGUUGCAGUGCUGAAAGCGAACACCAAGAAGCAUCUCGAGGACCUGGUCAAGGACCGAGAUUCGUGGAAGAGCAAGUGCCUCCAGGUCUGGAAGGGUGUGGGCUCGGUGUUCGACCUCAUUGGCCUAGAACUUCCUGAGGACCAGCCCCGUGCGCAAAUUCUUGGUCCCGUUGAAAAGGCACAACGCGCAUGAGGUUGGCUUCAGCAGUUUGUAAAGGACGUUGGGGAGUAUGCCGAACCGCAUGUGCUAAGCAUGGUACAUGCCCACUACCCCCUGAUCGACCUGUCCCGCUUGGAGGGAGGCUACCGCAAGGAGGUCGGUCUUCUGGACCUGUCGUCGACUGUGAUCGGCGACAUUAAUCUCUACGGGACGUCUACUCCGCCCAGCCGGCCGGGUUCAGAUAGGUCGACCAGGGAGUGGUCGGAGUCAUCCGCUGCGGCAGAUGGACGAUCGGCGCCUGCGGUCUCGACCAGCCAGGCGCCAGUGGCCCCGACCUCUUCGACGGCACCAGAGACGCGUGUCGGUGAGCGGCCUAAGCAGAGACGCGUGUCGGUGAGCGGCCUAAGCAGUGAGCACCAGUUUAGUCUGUAGGUUUAGACUAGGACCGCCCAGAGGGGCUUUUAUUGUAAACUUUGUUGUGAAAGUUUGUAAUAAAGCGGAAAUUUAUAAACCAUAGUUAAGCGCUGUGAAUGACUUAUAAGAGUGACGUAUCACUCAGUGAGGGUUCCCGA